ACAUUCAUAAAGAUUCGCCGAACGGAACCGAACCUGAAGUGCAGUGCAGUCGCCAGUCCUGUUAGCUGCUAAGCCGAAAGUAGAAAUUGGGGCCAUUUAGGCAUUAACGGGUUGCAGGAUCCUGUCCCAUGAAGUCCAUAAAGUAGCAGAUUAUCUGUUGAUACUGGGAUUGGAAGAAUUGCAGCAAGAUCCCAAUAAAAUGGAGGCUUCACCACAGAAUGAACUGAUGUUUCAGAACAUUACAGUAUCCAUGGGGGAGAAGGUCAUCCUGAAUAAUGUAUGUGGCAUGGCACAAUCAGGAAAACCCCUGGUGAUCAUGGGACCCAGUGGUGCUGGUAAAACAACAUUGCUGCAUACAUUGGCCGGAAGAAUGCCUUACACAUCAGGAACAAUAACUCUGAAUCAACAGGAAUUUGGAAAGCUGCACAAAAGACAAAUUUGUUAUGUUCUUCAACAAGAUAUAUUUUUUCCAAACCUUACUUUAAGGGAAACUUUACAGUUUGCAGCUAUGAUACGAAUCUCGGAUAGCAUAAGCUUUGAGGAUAAGCUGAAACAGCUGGAUGAAGUUGUGGAAGCUCUAGGCCUGAAGAAUUGUUUGGACACAAUGGUUGGCGGAGACAUGAUGCCAGGCUUGUCAGGAGGGGAGAGAAAGAGGGCCAACAUAGCCUGUGAAAUCCUCACUGAUCCCUCCAUAAUAUUGCUUGAUGAACCUUUCACUGGACUUGAUGCCAGCACUGCAUACAGUUUGAUGCUGUUGCUUCAGAAGUAUGCAUCAUUGCAUGACAAAAUCGUCAUAGCAACAGUGCAUCAACCCUCUUCCAAGUUGUUCUUUUCCUUUAACAGCCUCCUUCUGAUGUGUGAUGGUCAGAAUGCAUACUUUGGUGAUACAGACAAUAUGGUAGACUACUUUGAUGAUAUAGGUGUGACAAUUGACGAAGGAUUUAAUCCGGCUGACAUAAUCUUGGAGAAGAUGGGGAGUUGUACAGACACACAGAAAACAAUACUGGAGGCUGCCAGAAAUGUCAGAUCGACGAGUGAUUGGCCGAUAAGAACCGAGUCCAUUUCUCUUGCGUAUGAUGACCCAGGUUCUCCUACCAUGCUAGGACACCCACAGAACAAAGCAAAGGAUUUGUCCGUUAAAAUCACUUUUUCCAAGAAGCAGACGGUCAAAUCAGAUGAAGAAGAACCUGAUAGUGCACAUGCAAGUUUAAUGAAUUUGGAUGAAAUUUCACAACAACCAACCAAAUAUGAUAGAAAGUGGCCAACAGGAUUUGUGACCCAGUACAAGUACCUAACAGUUCGAAGUUUCCAGCUCGCUAAAUCUCGAACCAUAGACCCUACCAAACUUGUGGAACAAGUGGUGAUCUGUUUUUUGUUUGGUCUGAUCUGGUUCCAACUGCCCCGUACCGAGGAGACCGUGAGGGACAGAAUGGGGGCUGUCUUUUUCAUCGCCAUUCAUUGGGGAUUUCUGCCGUUGUUUGAUGCAGUGGCAGCAUUUCCAAUGGAGAGAGUUGUUAUCAACAAAGAGAGGGCGGCGGGCUGGUACAGACUGUCCGCUUACUACUGCGCCAAAAUGACCAGCGAGCUCCCACUGACUCUGCUACAGCCAAUGUUCUUUGUAGUAGUCACUUACUGGGCCAUUGGUCUGAAUGGAAUUGCAGCAUUCUUUGCCACCAUUGGGACAAUUUUCAUAGACAGCAUUGCAGGACAGAGUAUAGGUCUCUUCCUUGGCAUUGUGAACACAGAGAUGAGACAGGCCAUCACAGUCACAAUUCUGAUAGAAAUGAUCAUGAUGUUACUGGCUGGACUAUUUACAAGGAACCUGCCUCUCUGGUUAGAUUGGAUGAAGUAUCUCUCCAUCAUAUACUACUCCUUUAACAGCCUGAUGUAUUUGGAAUUUAAGGAUGCCCCUCCCUUAGACUGUCACAAGGUUGGAAACGGAUCUGCCUAUCCUAUCUGUUACCUUGACAACACCACACAGAUCCCCUCUCACCAGGUCCUGGAGCACUAUCAGAUAACAUGGGAGUUCUGGCAAUAUCUGUUGCCAUUGAUUGGGAUUAUUGUUCUCUUCCGCACUCUUGGGUAUAUCUGGCUCCGGUUUGUACAGAAAACACAUUAGAGGAAGAUGGUUGUAACAAAAUUAUAUUUAAAGUGCAAUAUGUUGUAUACUUUUUGUACAGCAACUUUAUACAAAAGAUAAUUAGGUUAAUUAGUAUAUUAGUUUUAAUGAAGAUAAACAUUCCAACUGCAUAAUAUACAUUGUACAGUAGAUCUGAAAAUAUUGAUGGGGUUAUGUUAAACUUACAUGUAUGCAAAAAUGAAAGCAUAAUAAAUGAAGAGGAUAUUAGAUAUAAAGUUCAGAAGUUUUGAUGUUGUUUUUGUUCCUGAGAAUUGUUUCUUUUGAAGUAGUAUUAUAUGUAUAAAUUUAGGUGUAGUGAAUUCAUUUCUCUAUAUUUUUAUAAAUACUUUUAUGAAUUGAGCUUUGAAAAUAUUAAUUAUUUGUUGUUCUAAACUUUGAUGUAACACUUUUAACUAAUAGAAUGGUGCUUUAUCUAAACCAAAAUUUUUACUGUGCCUUAACAAUCUGAAUGAAAGAGUAGAUUUUUAAGUCACUUAACUAUCUAGAACUUUCAGCUGAGAAAAAGCUUAAAAACGUACAAGUAAUGUCAAGAGUUUUCUUCAAAAUUUGUUUAUUUCAAGUUGCAUUCUCUUGCAAGAAGGGAAUGGGUUCAAGUUUUGCGUGUAUUUUACAAUUUAGGAUUUUACAUGUCUUUACAGGUUUUUUUUAAUUAUCAAAAAUGGUCUGCUACAUUGUACAUUGAGUACAGUACACCGUACAGUUUACAAUCUUAUAAUGUCUGAAUCAAAGUUCAGAAGACCGGUGAACAAUUCUAAGCAUGCAUGGUUAUGGAAAUAGGAUUUUUUCUUAAAAUUUCAGCUUAAAUGAUUGAAAUAUAAAUCAGUUUUAUGUUGGUAAGCUUAGAAAUGCAACAGUUGAAUGUAUGUGUUGCAUAAUUUUAAACUAAGACGAUUAGAAUUGAAUUUGAAUGUGGAUGUUUUUCCCUGAUAGGAUUUGUUGAGAACUACAAUAUUGAAGUAUACUUGUUAUUCUAGAUAUUCAUAUCAUAUACUAUAUUCUAGUAUCUAUUUUUAACUGUAUUCAGAUGUGUUCUGAUGAAUGGUGGAUGUAGUUUUUGUAUGGAGGUUUAGAUUAUUUUUGAUAUGGCUUUCAUAUUUCCAUCUUUGAUAUUAACUCAUGCUCUAUUUUAAUAUUUACUUCUUUGCUUGUUUGUUUGAAUCUCAGUAGAAGGAUUUGUUAUCCACUGAAUUUUUAAAUGAACAGAUAGUAAAGAGAAGUACAUGUGUACUCUUACAGUAUUCCAGGGAGUCUAUUUCUCAGACAAUCCAGAUUGUUCAUACAGGUCCAACAUGUAGCUACAGACCUGUUACUCGCUGCUUUAUUAAAUAUACUGCAGUUCUGAACAUAUCAUGUAGAUACAUGUAUUCAACAAUUUACAUUUACUCACCAGUGAACUUUGCUACAGGUCUCCAGCUAAUUUUGUUAAGUGAAACAUCCCAAACUAAUGGUUAAUGCUGUUGAGCUACAGGUCUUGCAUGAUUGGCAAUGCUGUUGAGCUACAGGUCUCUACAGACCCAGAAGCAUGGUACUAUUCCUCCAAAGCGUUUCUUUCCAUGCAAACCGUUCAUUGUUUCAAGCAAACUGUUCAGCAUUCCAUGCAAGUGGUGUAGUAGCACGUUUCAUGGCCUAUAGCUAAAGAGUAAUGCUGUUGAAACUACAAGUCUCCUAUCAACAGGUAUAAUGCUAAGUAAAGAAAUGCAUUUCGUUCAUAGUUUCUAAUUUCAUCUGAAUACAUUUGAAAGUUUGAAAGUAUUUUUGAGAUGUCUUGUUGGAUCGACCAUAUAAGAAAACAAGCUCAAGAGCACAUUAGUAGUUUGUUUAUACAGUAUGUUUAAUCAGGAUUAUGAAUGAAUUUAUAUGUCUCUCCCACUUACUUUGUUGGUAGAUGGAUGAACUAGACAUUAGAUUAUCUCAGUAACUACAUUUUGUUUUGUUUUUUUUUGAUACUCGAGAUUUUUGUUCAUUUAGGGUUUUGAGCCGAAACGGUGUUAUUUUACCAUAAAUUUGCUUUAGAGAUAUUUUUGUCCAGUUUUUUAAGGUUUUUUAUUAAAAAAAAGAUACAUGAAUAUUUUAAUUCAUAAAUAUUGUUUAUUUAAAAAUGUUAUAAAAUAUGUUUUAUGUGUAUAAAUGGUUGAAUAAAAAUGUGAAGGCUGAUAAAAA